UCUCCCCCUUCUCUCCCCCCCAGACGUCGCCCAGCCCAGCCAGCCAGCCAGCCGCCGGCAUCGCCUUUCUCCGGAGCGCAGCAGCCUCGCCACCGCGGAAGAUGAAGGCGCCCUUGGCCAUCCUCCUCCUGACCUCCUGCUUCUGCCUGGAUGGUGUUUACUCACUGGUCUGCUGGUCGUGCGACGGGGUCGAAUCGAACUGGGGCUGCUGGAGGAUGCAGGUCUGUUCCGAUGAGGACAACUACUGCGCCACCACGUAUACCGGUGCUGGGAUUGGUGGAUAUUCUUCACAGUCAAUCAGCAAGGGCUGUGUGCCGGUUUGCCCCGAAGUCGGGGUCAAUAUUGGCAUCGCGGCCAUGUCGAUCCACUGCUGUUCCUCGUUCUUGUGCAAUAUCAGCGGGGCCAACAGCAUCCAUAUCAACCACCUGCUGUUGGCCUUGGCUACCCUUGCCAGUUUGUUCUAUCUCUUUGGACCCAGGCUGUGAUGGAGAUGCAUCUCCUCCGGCGGCAUCGAGUGGCCGAACGUGGUCCAGAAAUUGUUUCUUGAGAAUGCCAUUCGACUGUUCUUUUUUUUAAUCUGAGAUUUUACUAGAUUUAUGGUGAUUCUUUUCUUUCUUUUGGGGUAUGGGGUGUUUUCUAGCAUUGCUUGGUGUUGUCAGGAGAUGGAAGCAUAGCCAAAAAAAAAAAAAAAAAAGAGAGAGAGAGAGAAGCUUUUGGGCCACAACUUCUCAAGUCAACUUUUUUAAGCUAUGUGGACUUCAACUCCCAGAAUUCCUCCAUGGAGCUACGCUGGCUGGGGAAUUCUGGGACUUGAAGUCCACACAUCUUAACAUCAAUGAGAUCUAGAAAUACUGCUCAAAUACUACUCUGUGGCAAAGUUUGAAAUCAUUACAGAGGCCUUAAAAUGUUUUUGCUUGGGUGAGAAGAUGCAGCUUUGGAUGAAGGUCUGUUUUGCAAAUGCGCUUCGUCUGUUACAUUCACUCUGUGAACUCGUUAAAAUAUAUUACAUUUUACACUAAGCACGAUUGUGGGGCGGCGCCGUGGGCUUUUUGAAUGGAAUAAACAUUUUGAUUCAUAACCAU